GAAAACAGGACCAUCUUACAUUAGAGAAAUAAAAGAGAAUUCUUCUUUUGAUAGCACGAAAUGUUAACAACAAGAUUCGGACGCCUUCUUAGACCAUGCAGGACUGUGAUCGGUUCGUCCAACAAAGUCAAGUUCUCCACACGUCCGGUCUCCCAAAGAUAUGAAGUUGAAGAUGGGCGUGAGUUCAAGUGGCUUUGGCCUGCCAGUAGAGAGGAGGCGAUGUUCAAAGCAGCACACGACAUAGGAUGCAAGACUCUUAAUGCAAUCUACAGAUACAACACCGUCAAGCCCUUGGACCCUGGACACGUGGAGCAAGCCCUGAGGCACUUUCAGAGAAACGUCCCCAACUGCCGGUGCUUCUUCAAGGAGCGAGACGGGAAGUUCUGGGUUUGUGAGGACCCGAAUCCUGACGUCGAUUUCGAGUAUUUGGAAGGCGCGGAGAGCAGUGCCAUCAUAAACGAACACAUAAACAAGCCUUUCAGAGGCGAUCGCUCGCCAACCUGGAAAGCGAGACUGGUUCCCGUGCCCGCCGAUGCCCCCUGCGCCAUGCCCGAAAUACAGGCAGCUUUCCCCCACCAGUACGACCUCGUCUUCAUGCCCCACCACUCAUUCAUGGACGGGGUCACCAUAGCUCUUUCCACCGGCAAACUUGUGGGACUGCUGAACGACCUCAUAGCCGGACGACCCGUAAACGACGAGCCCUUUGGGGUCUACCUGAACAACGAGGAAAUUGGCAAGAUUGAUGAAGGGAUCGCCAAGGACCUCGAGAAGGAACCCGAGAAGCUGGAGUCAGCAAAGCAAGAGAUUCUGGCAUGCGACACCCCGCCCAUCCUCUGCAAGGCCUUCCCGCCCCCUGGAGGGAAACCGGCAACCAAAUUUGUCUAUGAGAUUAUCAAUCAGAAAUCCUUGGCUUCCUUCUUGGUGAAAUGCAAAGCCAAUGGCGUCACCUUCAACAGCGGACUGGAGGCUGUGAUCAACACCGCUAUCAUUGAGAUGGUGCGGGAGGCGGGCGUGGAGGGGGAGUCACACCACAUGAGCAUCAAUCUAGCGACGAAUCUGAGACGCUACAUGAAGCGCCGCCCCCUCUCGGUCUAUGGCUUGCAUGCGCGCCCCACUGUGCACAGGAUAGAGACGCCCUUCGACGUUCGGGACAACUUCUGGGACUACACCAAGAAGCUCCAUCAGAAGCUCUUGGGUCUUCUGAAAUCUGGCGAUGCCCUUCAGCAGAACGUGGUAAGGGAGAUGACCCUGCCGCAGCUCCCCCAGUGGAACACCACGCAGCAGGACCCAAACCCCUGCGUGACUAUGGCCUCACUAACGUCGGGGAUCUAACGCCCAUUAUGCCAGGCGUCGGGGAACACCUCCAGCAGACGACCCUCGCCAUGUUCAACUGCACACACUACUCUGGGUUCCCGAUGCUUCACCAGAUCUACACCUUCCGAGGACAUAUGCCCUACACAAUUGGCUACGACACGUCCUACAUUUCAAAGGAGACUGCUGGAGCACUAAUGGACAGGAUUGUGACACUUAUGCACGAUCUUGGGACAUCGCCCUAAGAAGCUAGAAAAGAGGGGGUUCAGAAGCAAAAGCGGUCAGACUGGAAACCAUGCAUGUAUACCCUCUUUCCUUCACACUUUACGUGGAGAAAAGGUUGUAACAACACAACACAAGCUACUUUCAUUUAUUUAGAUGGGGUGUAACCCAAUUCUUGCUGUGUACCAACAGAGCUUAUUCUAUUACAGUUUAAAAGAAAGAAAGAAAGAAAAAAAAAAAAUAUAUAUAUAUAUAUUUUUUAUUAUUAUUAUUAUUAUUUUUUUUACUAUCUUGUUUAGUUUACUCAGCAUCCAAUCUCAGCAAUUUAGAAACUGGCAUCUCACUUUGACCCUCGGAGUUGCCAUUCGCUUUUUUCAUUCUGGUCACUUUAAGUUUAUAUUAGCAUGACUCGUAUUUAGGAAAACAUAACUACAGUAUAUUAUAUAAUUCAACUAUCUAUUAAGAUUUGCUGUCAUUACUAUUAUGUUAGUUUAUUCAUAUGUACUCCACAGUUGCCAGUUUCUUCUUUCUUGAUGGUGGAUGCACCGUUGUGUGGUUCUGUUAAAUGGUAGAAAACAUUUUCUGUGACUUCUGCAUUAUAAAGUAUUGAUAUAUAUUUUAUAUGUUCAGUUUACAAGUACGUUCUUUUGAAAAAAAUGUAUCAUAUUUUUUGAGAUUUCCUUAGUAUAUA